UCACAAUGUUUCAUAUUCAGUUACUACUAGUAACCGAGGCCAACAGCGGCUGGGGUUCCAGUCCAUAUCUUAUUUUACCGGCGCUGGAUUUAGGACUUGCGUGCUGCAAAUCUGUUGCAGACGCAGGUGCUGAAUAGGAAAAACGGUAUUCGAGAAGUCUAAUGAGAAGAGAAUCAAGAAAAGUUAAGAAAGAAUAUUUAAAAUGUUCCAACGCUGAUCAUAGGCAUAACAAACAAAACGACAGCGCUAGAUCAAAACAACAUGAGACCACUAAAAUCGGUUCAAAGUUUUUCAACGUCACUUCGAGUUUAAAUGGAACGCUUGGGAGAAGAAACUACUUGAAGUCUGUGCGAGUAUCUCUGGAAAAUCGUUUACGAAAAACUCCGACAGCAGUUUGGGAGACAAACUCCCUGCUUUGGGCAUCGGAUUUAAACUUUUUAAACUUACGAAAACCAGAAUCGUUGGAGAUAAAGUCCUUUCAAGUGCAACAGACAUUUCAGAAUUGUGGUAGCAGUAGUGAUAUAUAGCCUACUAUUCCCAGAAAACAGAAUAGUUCGUCUCUUUUGUCUACUGGAACAUUUGAAAGAUCCUCGUAAGUUGAAGGAUGUACAGCAAAAUGACUAAAACUGCUUGCUACUACUUUUUUUUAUCGUUUCUGUCUAACCUGUUUUUUGCAAAUAUUUUGACUUUUCAAAAAAUAACAAACCGGGAUGAUGAAUUUGAAAAACCGCAAUUUGAAACCAAAGUCAGUUUUUGGAUUUGAUAAGUUUAUCAAGACGAAUAUUCGUUUUUUACUUAUAUGGAUAUUUUAGGAAAUGGAAAUGUCGUUCCUAGACAAAUUGGUUCAAGCCAAAAAUAACCUUGUUACGUUAAGUUUGUUUAGAGACCUUAUUCACACUAUAUUCAUUAGAUUCAUGGGAAGAAGUUCCUUACUUAUUUGUCUCUAGUUUU